CGCGAAGACGUGACUGGCGGCUAUUCGAUCCGCGAAACGUGUUUUCGGUUACGGCUGUAAAUGUACCUCGAGGCCUCAAAUCUGUGCUUUUGUCCUUUUGUUAAAUUUAGGAAAGUGAGGAAUGGCAUUAAUAAAAAAAACCCAUAGGAAUACAAGGGACAUUGGAAAUGUAGUCCAUAAUGCACCGCAACAUCCUAGGUUGUAUGUGAGUUCGAUGCUCUCGCGUAUGAGAGCGUGAAGAACAUGCAUUUUCCCCAUGGGAAGAAUAGCGGUGAGAGCAACGGGAGAAAAAAUAUGCAGCUACCCCACUUCAUGGAAAAAAAGAAAUUUGCUGAAUAAUGGCAACACUUGUUGCUAUAGGCCUUCAUGAGACUAUGAGAUCAACGUGAAGGUCACGAGGGUCUUAUUAUGAGGCGGAUCGAUCCUGAUAAUCAUGGACCUCGAACGGGCCCGCCACCCUUUCGAGUCUUAUCUGGAGGAGCACACUGCCUUUUAUCUCCCUCACCUCCAUCGCCACCACCGUCACGAGCACCUGAACCUUACAAAGUCGGACCAUCAGCCUCCUCGUACACUCGAGCUCAUCGACGAUCAAGUUUCGUGAUAAUUGCAGAAACUCGACCAAUUACUCCAGAUUCCAGGAGUCCUUCUCCUCCCAGUUUAGCCACAGGAAGGGUCUCUCCCUUCAGGGGUCGAGGAUUCAAAGGACCUCUACCACAUGCACAGUCCAGGCCGCAAAGUCCUGAUAAUUUCCAACGAAGAAGAAGCACCGGCAGCAGAUCUGAUAGAAGAGUUUCAGUAUCCCAGCAGAAUAGUCCGAAGAGGAGUCAAAUUCCCCAGCCGACUCGAAGUCGUUCGAUAUCCCUGACGAAGAGAAAUGAGAAAAAAGCUUCUCCAAAAUUCGGCAGAAGAGCAAAUUCAAAAAAUAAUUUAGUGGUUCCCAAUAACUGGACUUUGAGUCGUCGCCCGUCUACAAAACGCCCAUCACUGCCACCAAUUCAAGGAACGCCUACAAAACCUUCAGAAAAGCCUGAUGUUAAACCACGUGCUCCUCAAACUCAAAAUUUGAAACCUUCACCUCAAAAGAGAAGGAGGAAUUCUUUAAUACCGACGCCAAAAAUUGUUUCCAAACCGAAGAAAUCUUCAAAUGAGCAGAAAUCUUCCAGCACGGAAGGUCUUGCUUCUCCGUCAAAAAUUCCUCUGCGACGUGGUUCAAUAUCCAAUAAUAAAUCUGCCUCGACUCAAUCCUUGUCCUCCAACAAACCAGUAGGUCCUCCUCCUUCUUCCAAGUUUGCGAAAUCCCUCGAAAGAGUGGUAGAUAAGAAUUCCAAAAAACCUAUUCAGAAGACAAUUAAAAAACCGGAAGGGAAGAGUCUGAACAAUUCGAGUCUUCAAGUUCCUCAGCAGAAUAAAAAUUUGGAAAAAGAGGUGAAAAAGCUGGAUGGUAAAUCUGGCUCAAAUAUUGUUGAGCAAGCUGCGAAGAUAUUGGAGAAUGAUUUAGGAUUGGUAGAAUUGUUGAAGAAAUCUUCGGAAGCAACUGGAACGAAGAGUGUUGUUAAUUCAACCACCACCACUGCUGUUCAACCUUUGCAAAUUGAUGCGAAUGCCAAAAAUUCAGCGAAGGAGACUGCUGCCAAAAUUGGGGGGAGUGAAAAUCAAAAGAAAGAGGAACUUCCAGCCAAGAAAGAAGGAAACAAUUCUGCAGAUGGGAAGGUGAAGAGUAAGGUGGAAUCUUCUGCGGAUGUUAAGAAUGCUGAUCAGAAGACUGCUCGAGUUCAGGAAACCAACCACAGUACCAAAGCACAAAUACCCAAUGUAUUGGGAACCCCUAUAUCAACCCCUGAGAGUAAAAGUACGACUCCAGACGAUGUGGUCAUAAUUGGUGGAAAUUCAUCAGGAAAUAUGACCCAAAGUAUGAUCAAGCACUUUGGCAAGAAUGCUGACGAAUCUGGAAACGAACCCCCACAACCAACCAACGGGAAAGUACUAACAAAUAUAAGUGAUACAAAUGCGAAAUUGAAAUCUAAUGAUAAGUCUGGAGAACCAAGUACACAAAUGAAUCCUGUGGAAAAUUCUAAGGAAAGAACUAAAGCUGAGAUGGAAAUCCUCACAGUUAGUAAUAAUCCUUCCAAUAAAAAAUUGGAUGGCCAGGUGCAGGGAACUGAACAUCGCAAGACUGAUAGCAAAGAUAGUGAUUUGAAAAGUGUCCCAACAUCUACGAAUGGUUCGGAAUCAGUGACUGCGAGAGUGAUUGAUCUAGCGAACACCUCCAGUGUAAAUAGUGUCGAACAAAUUCGUGAUCAGGGUAGUGGUGUGUCUUUAAAAUCCUCCGCUGGGAAAUCCUCGGAUUCAGUUAGUAGUAUUCGAUCCACGGAUACUGGAGUUAGUUUAAACACAGUUAGAGGAGUUUCAUCAGCUAGGGAAAAGAAAGGAGUUCAUUCGGAAAAAAGGCCUCAAGAAAUCGAAACCCUCAGUGGAAAUAUCGGUCAUCCUGAUAGGAAUGGAGAAACAAACAUAUUGGCAGCCCCAGGUAACGGAGAAGGUGCGCAGGAGAAAUUAGUAAGUCGCUGGAAGAAGUCUCUUGGACGUUACUGCAAGUGCUGGCCAGGAAUGAGGUGCCUUGCUUGUCGAAGGGACCCUAAGGUCCAAUUGUGGCCCAGAAGCCAGCCGAGGACCAUUUCGAAAGCUGAGUUGACUCCUGGUGCGAGGGGGAAUACGGAUAAGGGACCCGGGAGAUGGUCCAGAUUAAGAAAAGCUUGCAGAUGCUCAAGUUGGAAAGAAAAUAAAUGGUGCAUGAGGCGAACGCGAGUUGCACCUGCAGAAAGUACACCUUGUUGUCCACCUGAACGGAGAUUUGGUGCAUUAUGUAGUCGAUUAUUUUCAAAUUGCAAAUGCAAACGCUCUGAAAAUAUUCAGCAACGCAGAAAAAGUAUGCGUGCCAAGCACAGUAUUACUAGCAUCGUGGCUCCUCCUAUUUCAGAGGAACUAAGGCCCAGGAUUCCGGAUGUUUUGGUGGAACACAACUCGUUAAUGCGCGGGGCGAUACCAUGUCUUCCUGUCCCCCUUGCAUGGUUCUGUUUAGCAUGGAACCUGAUAAUACCUGGGUCUGGGACUUUAUGGAGUGGUUUAUUCAAUCUUUGUAUUGGUCAGCCAAGAUUUGCAGCAGUAGCAAGUAUGAGGUCAAGAAUUGGAGCUUUUAUAGUGAAUUUGAUUGUGGCAGUUGGCCAACUGUUCACCGUAUUAUUCUGUCUUGUCGGAUGGGGUUGGAGCAUCUGGUGGGGUGUCACCAUGAUUCGCCUGGCUAGAAAAUACAAACGAUUCAGAGACUCGGAAGCUGUGAAUGGAGACUUGGAAGCUCGAGCUGGUGAAACGGCAACACUACCUGGAGUACCGAGUCAAGCUUUAAGAGGCAUUGAAAGGGCACGAUAAACUUCUUCCUUGCAUGAUAUGCUAAUUGCUAACGAAUAUAUAGUAUACGCAUCUUCCGGUCCAACAAACCCCGAAGUUUCAAAUUUAAUAAUUAACGGUAUACCGCAAGUGAACAUUGAAACAACGUUCAGAAACUGUAUCGCUUUCAGUGAAAGCACCCGCGAGUUUCGUCCUUCCAAAGCCCUUUAUCUCUUUGACGAAAUUAUAAUUAUAGUUAUAAUACUACUAUGUAAAAAUGGGGAAUAGAACGAGGUAAAUUAAAAUUACAUAUGUAAAUUAUUUUAUUUACUGGGAAGGAUAUAGAUUUUUAUAUUUUCUAAAGUAAGGUGGUGUAAACAUUUAUCGACUGAUGAUUCAAUCUGAUAAUGAGCUUUGGAAAGGCGUCUUAUGUAUUUCAUAUUUUUGCAUUUACAAAUAAACCUAAUAUAUUAUUAUACCUAUUGUUUAAUUAGUUGUAAAUAUAGCCAUAAAAUAUAGCCAGUUUCUAAAA